CUGGUGCAGAAACGAGACCUAAACAAGUUCACCGGCUCUGCCGGCGGCACAUCGGCACCGCCGGCCAAGAGAGGCCGCCCUUUCGGAAGCACGAACAGUAACUCUUCCGCCGGAAGCAGCGGCAGCUCCGUUGAAUAUGCUUGGCCCUUCUCUCCAGGUUCACAACACAUUCGCCGGUCAGGUUCUACUGCAAAUGAGGCUUUGGCUGUGAAGAAUGCAGCCAAUGAGGAUGUUAUUUUCAAUUUUGGAUGA